AUGUUAAAGGAGAAUCCCCGUCCAAUAUCGGAAGCGAUAUUCAUCGAUGAGCAUAACGUUAUAAGUGGUGUAAUGAUUCUGGUGAUAGUUGGUGGUGCACGACGAGAUGAUUGCGAUGGCGUUGAUGGUGAUAAUGAUGCUGUGAUGACAACAGAAGAUGAAAAGUCGCAUUGGUGCAUUCUCUCUUGUCGCAUACUCCAAUUCUCUACCUUAAAUCAUUUAUGGAAACUCAGAGACGGUAUAUUGGAAAUGUGUAUCUCUCAUAAGCAUCCAUAG